AUGGCCAUUGAGAGGUGUUUGCUUGACUGGGGAGUUGAUAAUGUGUUUACAAUGACUGUAGAUAAUGCAAGUUCAAAUGACGUUGCAAUUGCCUACAUAAAAAGAAAAGUUUCAAAUUGGAGAAAAGACAUUUGUGGAGGCAAAUUCUUGCACAUGAGGUGCAUUGCACAUAUAAUUAACCUAGUUGUGCAAGAUGGUUUGAAAGAAAUGGGGGAUUUAGUUGCUCAUGCUAGAGAUGCAGUCAGAUAUGUUAGGCAUUCACCUGCUAGGUUGAAAAAUUUCAAGCGUUGCGCAGAAGUAGAAAAAGUAGAAUGCAAAAAGAUGUUAUGCCUAGAUGUUAGCACUCGAUGGAAUUCUACUUAUUUGAUGCUAGACACAGCUCAAAGAUAUGAAAUGGCUUUUGAAAGGUUUAGGGAUGAAGAUCCUUCAUUUAGAAUUGAGCUUGAGACUAGGGAUGGCAUACCAAGUAGUUUUGAUUGGGAACAAGUUAGAAAAUUUGUGAUGUUUUUGGAACACUUCUAUGAACUCACUAUACCAGUUUCAGGUUCUUUGUAUGUUACAAGUAAUACCUUUUUUGAUGAAAUUAGUGGGAUUGAUUGUCUUCUAAAAGAGUGGGAAAAUAGUGAUGACCUGGAGUUGAGUUUAAUGAGAAUGAAAAUGAAGGAUAAAUACAUUAAGUACUGGGGAAACAUUGACAAAAUGAAUAUGUUGAUUUUUGUUGCAUUUGUUCUUGACCCUAGACGUAAGUUGGGAUUUGUGCAAUAUGCUCUUUCUACUAUGUAUGAAGGCGACAAAGGUUUAUUGGUAAGGAAAAAGGUACAGGAUACAACAAUGGAAUUGUUUGCUGAGUAUAAAAAGUUAUCACAAUCUAAAAAUGAAGAAUCAAACAGAAGUGAAACUUCAAGCUCGACUUGCUCCACUGGUCAAGGUGAAGCAGCAGAACGAAAGUUCAAAGUUUUAUAUCAAAAGUACAAGACUCAAAUUGGAGGUGGAGAUAAUAAAUCAGAGUUGGAUAGGUAUUUGGGGGAGGAUUGUGAAAAGGACGUGGAGGGUUUUGAUAUUUUGGAGUGGUGGAGGUUAAAUAGUCAAAGGUUUCCCGUCCUUUCACAUAUGGUUCGUGAUGUUUUAGCAGUACCCAUCUCUACAGUUGCUUCAGAGUCUGCUUUUAGCACAGGGGGGCGUGUUCUCGAUGCCUUUAGGAGUUCUUUGACUCCUAAAAUUGUUCAAGCUCUUAUCUAUACACAAGAUUGGAUUCGGGGUUCACAUACUCCAAUUAAGGUUGAAGAAGACAUAGAUGACCUUGAAAAUCUAGAAAAAGACUUACAGGUGAAAUAA